UCUAAACGGAAGUGUUGGUAUUGCCGCUGCUCAGGCGCUGUCGCAGCUCAGUCACUGAGACGCCGAGGCGCUGAGUCGCUCUGUCGGUACAGAAAUUGUCAUCUCAUAACGACUUAAGCUGCUCGGCACGCAACAUGACCGGGCUGAGCAGCAUAGUCAGCAUUUCUGCAGUUCCCAGAAGGCAGCCACCCACUUUUCCACCCACUGCCAUUGCCCCUGGGGUCAUACAUACACACACACACUCACACUCGCACACACUUAAAGCCUCAACAAACGCAUCCACAUCCACAUUCAGAAAAUCUUGGAUGGCGAUGAUGACGAUGAUGACAAUGGGCGGAUGAUGGCAAAGUCAUUUCUUUAAAGGCACAGACAGCCCCUCACUCACUCGUCUGUCCUCAGUUCUGUGUGCACUGAGUGAUUUUGUUUGCCGUGAUGCCUUCUAUUUAUUUUCUAUUUAUUCGAUUUGCAUUUCCACUCUCUCCGAGAGACCUCUAUAGAUUUUGAAUGCGAAAUCCGACAGAGUCUAGAGCUCAGCUCCGUCUUAGUCUUACCAAAAAUCGAAGAGUGUUUGUCUGUUUUGUUGACUUGGCUAUCGGCAUCAUCUGUAGGCAGCGAGCAUUCCCGCCAUCCAGUGACUAAGUGUUGUUCAACUUGGAAAAGCGCCAGGGCGUGGCAGUGGCAGACAUAAAAAAAAAAAAAAUCAAAUAAUAAAAUAAAACAUAUGCAAGAAAUCGUCAACCCUUUCGCCAUAUGGCUUGGCUCAUAUUUGCGGGAACUUCGGCAUGCGGACACUUUUAUUUAUUUAAUUAACAGUGUAUCCUCCGUUUUGCAAUCCGAGAAAGUUCUCGGAAAUAUGAAAAAUUAAAAAAAAAGAACCCUUGCGCGAGUGACCAACGUCUAAUUUCGAGCUCGUGGCCACCAAAAUUCGAGUGGCCAAGAAGCAACAACAUCAAACACAUUUUGGCCAGGCCAAAAUGAACGGGCGUUGAAAGCGUGUGCGAACAUGAAAAUAAAACAUCAUCAUCAGGAAAUAAAUUCGGAAAAAAAUAUAAAUAUAUAAAUACACAUCGAAAUGAAUAAAUAUAUAGUAGAGUAUAGAGCGCAUAUAGCCAAAGCCACAUUCAGUAUUCUAAAUAAAUGUGGCUAUAUCCCCGACCACUCCACCCCCCGAGAGGCGCGCAAAAAAUGGCUAGGACAUUUUCCCACCCCACUUAGCAGCCGGACGGGGCGUGGCCGAAGACACCAACUGACCAGAGAGCCAUAGAAAAAUAUACACACAGAGAUUUAGAUGUAUAGAUAUGGCGGCGGCUGUACGCUAAAAGGCAUCCGAAGCGAGUGACAUUCUUUCGCCCAGCUGUUGUCAUAUAAAUCAUGGCUUUUAUACAGGGUGUUGCGUUGAAUUUUGGAAAAAUUUUAUGAAAAUUUUAACAAGAAGAAAUAAAAUAUACAAAUAUGAGUAGAUGAUAAAUAUAAUAAAUAUAAAUUUCCUUAAAUCUUAGGGAACUUAUUAUAGUCAGAGACUCUUAAACUAAAAGUAAUUUCAGUUCUAUAAAUUUUUUUAAAAUUUAGCACAUUAAAUUAAUAAAUAAUAAAAUAAAUAAACAAAUACAAUAGCUUGUAAAACUCUCUGAAAAUAUAUAAUAUUGCAAUUGAAGGCUCCUUCCUUAGCUUACCUUUAACAACACCCUGUAAAAGCAUAAACAGACAUUAAACCAAACAAAGAAUCGAAAACAACACCCUGUUUUAUUCGCAUAAAAGUCCACAAAACACGCUCAACAUCAACAACUCAACUUCUGCGUCAGUAAAUAAAUAAAUAUUGACUAAAAUCAAUACAAAUGCCAACGGCGGCAACUAGAUAAUACAAAAAAGUGAUUAUAAUCGGGGCAACAAUAAGCAAAUCGAACUCAUGUUUUUUUCAUUCUUCUGAUUAAUAUAUUCUUGUAUUUUUUUCUUAAUAUUUUUUUUUUUUUUUUUUUUUAUGGCACAGCUCCAGAAGGCAUAACAUCGAAUAACAAUAUUUGAAUUAGUGGAGGCAGAGCGUAAAAAACCGACCACUUGGCCAAGAGAGAAACUAAAAAUAUAUUUUUGAAGCCAAAGAAAUGUUAAAAAUAAAACCAAAAGAAAUCAACGAAUUUUCGGUGGCUACACAAGGCGGCCAUCGCAGGGAAAAUAUGAACAAAAUUAAAAAGCAGCCGCUUUGUGGGCGCUAGAGAGCAGAAAAAAAAAAAAAAAACUCAAUCAGCGAGGGAAAAAAUAGGGAAAAAUAACAGAAGCCGCACAGUAAAUAGCCAGAAAUUGUCGUCCAGCCAGGCGGCAUAGGAAAAGUCACCAGCAGCAGCAGCAGCAGCAGCAGCGGAAAAGCAGCGACAGCAGCAGCAGCGGAAAAGCGACAGCGAGGCCAUCAAGAGAGAGAGAGUGUGUGUGUGGGCGUUGCUGGCAAGGACAGUGGAUCGUUGGACGCCGGAGCAGCCGCCUUCGUCUCUCUGCGCCAGGCCACCUGCUCCUCCCGCCUCGCGGACGUCAGCGGCGACGUUGUCGUGGCCACACGGUGCUGGGUGCUGGCCACUUUCGCGAAUCAAUUUCCGUUGCGGUGGCCGUUUCAGUUUUGGUUUCAACGUCGCCGGCGCUACGCGUGUCGUGAAUUUCAAAUGGCGGUCGCUGUGGGUUAGAAGUGCAAAAAACGUUAUCAAGAAAAGCCCAAAGAAAAUCGAAAGAAAAAGAGAGCGAGAGCAAACCAAAAAGAAAGUGUCAAAGAAAAGUCAACGAGUUACCAAACAAAACAGAUAUAAUAAUUAACAUAAAUCAAAUUAAAUAAAAACUAAAAACCGGACUCAUGUUGUUGUGCCCAGAACUUGGCAGCCAGCUGCCGCGGCAAAGAUAUCGCGCUAGGAUACGCAAAAGACAGAAAUGCAGCCACCUUGAUCAGGUGGAGGCCAAGGAUCAUCCGGAGGAGCAGCAGCAGCUGGAUCUUUCAAAUCUGGCAGCCACAACCACACACAGCCAUAGUUAUAGCCAAAGCCCAAGCCAAAGUCUAAGCCUUGCGCGGAUCACAGCAGCUGCCCUUACAACGGCAGCCAUGCUGCACUCGACCCAAGCACUGGCCACCGUCUCCUCCGCCUCUGGAAGAGGAGAAGGUUCUUCCUCCCCUCCCGUUGCACUGCCAUUACAGGGCACUGCCACGCCCGCUUCGCACUAUGAGCUGAACGCCACGCUGCUGAGCAGCACGGUGGCCAGUCUGCUGGCCAAUGACAGUGGCUUCCUGGAUCCCGCUCUGGCUGAGGAGGAUUGGUUCGACCAGGUCGUCUUGUUCUUCAAGGGCUUCGUCAUGCUGUUCAUCAUCAUAGCGGCCAUUUGCGGCAAUCUGCUUGUUAUUAUUUCUGUGAUGCGUGUUAGAAAAUUAAGAGUUAUAACGAAUUACUUUGUAGUUUCCUUAGCCAUGGCUGAUAUAAUGGUCGCUAUUAUGGCCAUGACAUUUAACUUUAGUGUGCAAGUAACUGGGCGCUGGAACUUCAGCCCCUUUCUGUGCGAUUUGUGGAACAGCCUCGAUGUCUACUUCUCAACAGCGAGUAUUUUGCAUUUAUGCUGCAUAUCUGUGGAUAGAUACUAUGCGAUUGUUAAGCCGCUCAAGUAUCCGAUUAGCAUGACGAAACGCGUGGUCGGCAUUAUGUUGCUGAACACCUGGAUUUCGCCGGCGCUGCUCUCGUUCCUGCCCAUUUUCAUUGGUUGGUAUACCACCGAGGAGCACAGGAUCUAUGUCCAGCAGAAUCCCACACAGUGCUCCUUUGUGGUUAACAAGUACUAUGCCAUCAUCUCGAGCUCCAUUUCGUUUUGGAUCCCAUGUACUAUCAUGAUUUUCACGUAUUUCGCCAUCUUCCGGGAGGCCAAUCGCCAGGAGAAGCAGCUGAUGAUGCGUCAUGGCAAUGCAAUGCUGAUGCAUCGACCCUCCAUGCAGCCAUCGGGCGAGGCUUUGAGUGGCUCUGGGUCGUCGAAGACGUUGACGAUGCACGAGGUCGAGCAGGAGCACACUCCCACCAAGGACAAGCACUUAAUCAAAAUGAAGCGGGAGCACAAGGCCGCACGCACGCUGGGCAUCAUCAUGGGCACCUUCAUUCUCUGCUGGCUGCCAUUUUUCCUGUGGUACACGCUCUCCAUGACCUGCGGGCCCUGCCAGGUGCCGGAUAUUGUCGUCUCGAUCUUGUUCUGGAUCGGCUACUUCAACUCCACCCUGAACCCGCUCAUCUAUGCCUACUUCAACCGCGACUUCCGGGAGGCUUUCCGCAACACCCUGCUCUGCCUGUUCUGCAACUGGUGGAAGGACCGCCACCUGCCGCUGGACAUUGACAUCCGGCGCUCCAGCCUGCGCUAUGACCAGCGGGCAAAGAGUGUCUACUCGGAGAGCUACCUCAACUCGACGACGCCCUCGCAUCGCCGCCAGUCGCAGAUGGUGGACAACUUAUAAUACAGGGACGAGGCGCUGCUGACACCCAUUGCCCAGCAGCAACAGCGGCUGGCGGCGGGCGGAUCCCGCCUGGGUGGACCCCUGGCAGCACCAGGACAACAGGACAAGGAACGGGCCAAAUCCUUGGCAGGCGAUGAUGUGCAGGAGAUUCAAAUCGAAAUACCCAUGGAGUACAUCAACAAAUGGAAUAAGAACAACAAUGCUGCCGCCUCGACGGCCUCGAGCCAUGUGUAAAGAGUCCUUGGAAAGUGUGUUGGGGGGUGGAAUCAAUCGAUUGCAGCCGGAGGAAUCAAUUUAAUGCAAUUAAAAUGUUCCAUUAAUUUGUAAAAUUAAUAUGCCGGCUCAUGCGUCGGCUGAUUUACUCGUAAUGUUGACAUUAAUCAAUCAAGCGUUGGAGCGUGCCAAUUCGUUUGGCCGCCACUGUGCACUCCCUCAUUUAUUUUCUUUUCCUCUUCGCUUAUUUUAUUUUCAAUUUCCGCUGCCGGGUCUACCCUAACGUAUAGGAUAACUUAUUUAUUUAUGAUUUUGUGUCGUUUUUAAACUUGUUGUAAAUACUGAGUAUUUUUGUACGACUAAAUUAAGCGCAGGUUGUAAACUCAUUUAUGUACGCCAAUCAGAAAACUGUAAAGCAUUUCGCUCACAUAAAACUACCAUUAAAAAAAAAAAAAAAACUAUAAAAAACCCAAAAAGAAAACAAAGGAAAACAAAAUUAAUUAAUUACAAAGGCAAUCACUGCAACUCACUGAGCUAAACCGAUAGAGAAAUAGAAAAGAGCUAAAACGCUAAAACUGUGCCAAUUAAGAGACCGCAAAUUAUAGAAAACUACAUUAAAAUGCCCGCAAAUAAAAUAGAGAAAUCAUACAAAUAAAACUGCAAUUAAAUUCAGAAUGAAAUUUAGAACAAAUUCGGAGAAACUCAUAACCAAAGUCAAGGAAGCUAAAGCAAAGCUUAAACCAUUUGUUAAGGACAAUCGCAUGAAUUGAAAAAAUGCUCAAAAACCCCAAUAAAGUAAACCCUAAAACGUACGAAUAAACAUAGCGAAAAAUAUAUAUAGUUAAAUCAAUAUAUAGCAAGUGGCAGUCGAAAUCAAAAGUAAGGUCUAGUGAGCCCAAGUUAAAUUAACCAGCAUAUAGUUCAAGUGCAUCGAUAUCAGACUAACCGAAUUACGUGUAUGUGUAGUGCGUUUCCGUUUCCGUUUGACGUUUGACGUUUGCCGUUUCGAAAGUGUUUAGUGCCGAAUUCCAGCGCGGGUGUGUGUGUGC